CGCGGCGGAGCGGGCAAUUUGAACGCCACCCAGCUGGGGCACGCGGCCGGGGCGCUGCAGGCCCUCCCCCGAACCCCAGCCUCUGCCUCCGGACCCGGAAGGCCGAGAAGGAGCCGCGGUCCGCAACCCUGAGCGCCAGCCAUGGGCCCGCGCCGCCGGAUCCGCAAGCCCGAAGCCCCAAGGAGGCGCCCCCCGAGCCCGGCUCCCGCCCCCCCGCGGCCGGGCCCACCCUUAGGCGCUCCCUCCCGUCCAGUUGCUCGCCGGAGAUACCGGGUUCUGAAGGAGAUCCGAACUCUUCAGAAGAGCACAAACCUGUUGUUAAGGAAGACCCCCUUCUGCCGCCUGGCAAGAGAAAUAUGUGCUGUAUUCACUCGUGGUGUGGACUUCAAUUGGCAAGCCCAGGCCCUGUUGGCCCUACAAGAGGCAGCAGAAGCGUUUCUAGUUCAUCUCUUCGAGGAUGCCUAUCUCCUCUCCUUACAUGCCGGCCGUGUCACUCUCUUCCCGAAGGAUGUGCAGCUGGCCAGGAGGAUCCGAGGCAUUCAGGAAGGGCUCGGCUGAGCUCCUGCCGCCCGUGCCUCUGUAAGCUUUUCCUGCUCACCAGAGACAUCAGGGAAAAAAUAAGAGAAGACCACUUCAGCCAGUUGCAUGGAAGAGCCUGACGCGUCCAGUAUACGAAUCUCUGUCCUUCAGAUUGAUUUCAUCAUUAGUGGCAGCAGCAAGUUCCUGUGUGGACUGUGCCUGUCAACAGAUUAUAUAGCUUUUCAAAAACUCAAUUGGGAUGAAAACAGGAAAUCGUUAAGGUUUGAUGGCUCCUGACUCCUUCUGGUAAAUUCCUAUCAAAAUCAUUCAGAAAUUGUAGCUUGUAGAAUUUAUUUUAUUCUUAUCUGCAAGUCAUAGAUGAUGUAUCGUAAUUUAUACUGCAGAAUUUUUCAUUCCAGGACUUUUAAGAGCCUUUUCAAUGUUUUUACAGGUAUUUUGUAUAACUCCCUUGUGGAGAGAUAAUAAAAAUAAUUCUUUAAUGAGAAAAAGUUGAAGCGAAGUCACUACUGUACAGAGAUUAUACUGUGUCCUUUGUGUGUUAGCGUUAAGUUCUUCAUUUGGACACUUGGCCAACAGCCACAAUUUAAACAAGAGAAUUCAGGGAUGUGUUUUUGUCUCCAGUGGAGUAGGGCGUGAGCAGAUAAAAGCCUUGCCCAUCUCUUGUAACUGAAAGCAGCUUAAGAGAUCUCCAGAGAAAUGGGAAGGCCACCCGAAGACUUUUAGAUAUUGUGUGUGGUGAAAAUGAUUAGUGAGGGCAGACACGAAUAACGACGCGUCAGCCAACUGAACUGAGAGACAAACUAAAGGGAAAAGGACCAAGUUCUGUUGUGUGAUUUUAACCCUUUGGAAAAACCGUUUCCUGUUCGACAUCAACUCAUUUUUAUGUAGACAUUGGAAUAAAGCUUACCUAUCUAUGACUAUA